AUGCAAUUCACAUUCAUCACCGUCAUUUCCCUCAUCGCCGUUGCGAUUGCUACUCCUAUUUUCCCACUUCAGCCACGUCAAGCGCCAGCGAUUGAUGCAUCUACUGCAUCUAUGAGUGAUGCGCAAGGAAAUGUCGUUGGUUUUGAUUCUAAAGGUGUUAAUCAAGCUGCUAAGAACUCCGGCAUGUAA